UCGAUAAAUUUAGAUUGUGGUUUGACUACUUCCUUCUUCCAUGACUUUUUUGAGAAAGCGGAUGUGGUUGGUCCGCCAUAAUCAUUCGUGUGGGUCUGUGCUUGUGUGGUUUGGGUGUCUUUACCGGUGCCAACCAUUAUUUUUAAUUAGUAAUAAGUUAUGCGUAUGAAUCCAGACAUGGACGAUGACGAGAAGGGAUGCUGCACUGAGGCUACACCCGAUAUAAAACUGUUUGUUGGUGGUUUAUCAUGGGAGACGUCGCAAGAGAACUUGCAGCGCUACUUUUCGCGCUACGGCGACGUGAUCGACUGCGUCGUGAUGAAGAACAGCGAGUCCGGGCGUUCGCGGGGCUUCGGCUUCGUCACCUUUGCGGAGCCCUCGCUGGUCAACGUCGUGCUGCAGAACGGCCCGCAUCAACUUGAUGGCAGAACAAUCGAUCCCAAGCCGUGCAACCCGCGGACGCUGCAGAAGCCCAAGCGCGGCGGAGGUUACCCGAAAGUGUUCCUCGGCGGGCUGCCCUCCAACAUCACGGAGACCGACCUGCGCGUGUUCUUCGGCCGCUACGGCAAGGUCAUGGAGGUCGUCAUCAUGUACGACCAGGAGAAGAAGAAGUCCAGAGGCUUUGGAUUCCUGUCAUUUGAGGACGAGAUUUCCGUUGAGAGAGUGACCCAGGAGCAUUUCAUUAACCUCAAUGGGAAGCAGGUGGAGAUCAAGCGCGCCGAACCGCGUGAUGGGUCGGGCAAGCUGGGCUCAGGCGGCGGUGGGAUGGGCGGUGGCAUGGGUGGCGCGCCCGGCGACGCGCCUGCAGCUGGCCAGUGGGGGCCGCCGCAGGCCGCGCCCAUGAACAUCAUCCAGGGCCACAACGGCCAGAUGGGCGGCCCGCCCAUCAACAUGCCCAUGGCAGGGCCCAACAUCAUGCAGGGAUACCAAGGCUGGGGCACGUCAGCGGGUCAGACGUCGUACGCGGGGUACGGCGCGGCGGGCGGCGCGGGAGGGCCCGGCAACUACCAGGGCUGGGGCGCGCCGCCUGCACCGCAGGCGCCGCCGCACGCGCCCGCCUGGCCCGCCACCAACAACUACACGCAGCACGCGCAGCCGCCCGCGCAGGGCUACGGCAGCUACGCGAACUACAGCUCGGCGCCGGCGGGCGCGUCGGCGGGCGGCAGCUGGACCAACUGGAGCAUGCCGCAGAACUCCAACUCCACUGGCUCCGGCUCGUACGUGCCGCUGUCAGAGGGUGGCGAGAUGUACGGACGCGGCGGCGGCGGCGCGGCGGGAGGCGCGCAGCCCGCGCUGGCCGGGGCGCUGUCCUCCGCCGCGCUGUCCAAGAGCUCGUCAGCCGACUACUCCACCUACCAGCAGUACCCGCCCGCCUACCAGCAGGACCAGGGCUCGUCGUACGGCGGCGGCGGGUCGCGGUACGGCGCCGGCGGGGAGUACCACUCGGGCGCCACGCAGCCUCCAGGUGUGCAUCCGCACCCGCACCACCCGCCCAAACACUUCACCGCCAACGAGUUUAACAAGGAGUGGCCCGCCGCCUAGAGCGCGCCGCCACCGCCCACCGCCCACACCGCUCACACCGCCCACAGCGCUCACACCGCCCACAUAAGCGACGCGACACAGUGACAACUCUUACACCCCUCCCCGAACUUAUUUACUUACCUAUACUAUCGUCUUUGUACAAUAUGACUACUUUACUGCGCGCAGCAAAUGCUUCAUGUUUGCACUCUUCACACAACCCAUUGUGUGUCCAAAAUCGCAACUUAGUUGCGUCUGACGCGCUCAAGUCAUCGUGUGCAAAUGCUCUGGGGACACGGUAACUGAAAUUUAACUUGAAAUAGACUCAAAUCAAGUUUAUAAACUUAGGCGUCAUUUAACUGCGGUUACACAUCGAUCCAACACUACCGACCCUAUAUCUGAUUACGGACAGACUCGACCGAUCAUAGAUUUUAUAGUGACACGAGAUAUUCAUCUUUGGAUACCUCCCAUAAUGACUGCUUAGCACCUUUUGACAUUAUUAUACUAUAUUGAAGUAGUUGGGAAAUCGUAUUGCCUGUUAGUAACAAAACUCGAAUGAAAUAGAAAAGUUAAAUUUUAUAACAAUGCAUUAUAUUAUUGAUAUAUAAAAGUAACGAUUUAUUAUUAACUUUAAGAAACGUAUAAAACGUAUGCAACUUAAGACGUUAUAAUUACUAUAUCGCCGACAACUACAUUAACACAAACCCACACGCGUACGUUAAUUUUAGUCUUAAACAAAUAAUCGUAAUUUAUACAUACAUAAAGUAAGGCAAUGAUGGUUCAGGAUAUACAAAGUGGAAGGUACCCCGAGUCCGGGGCAGUGGUCCCCAGUUCGCGCACCGCCCCGAAGCGUGCGGAGGUUUGCGUGUACGUCUCUGUACACAAAAGUAUCUUUAUCUUUUUAUUCUUCUUAUUUUGGAUGUGGGCUCCUUUUAAAGGAUUAAUUAACUUCGUAAUUUGAUUGUGUCCGGUUAUUUUUGUUUCGCGUUGAUAAAAUGAUUUCUUUUAAUGGCACCACGUAGUAUAUCGAUGGGAUCUCACUGUGUGGUGAUGUUACGAAGUGUACGCGACUCGCCGCGUCCGUCGCGUCGCAUUUGACAGACACAUGUUAAACAAGGCCAAUUUAGGGAAGUGACCUAAACAACAUAACUUAAGCUAAUGACUUGUAUAAAUAUUUGGUAUAUAUCGAUAUGUAUGUUUAAUAUUAGAAUUUUGGUUAUUUACCAUCCACUAGACUUAGGAAAAAUGGUAGGGAUGUAAUGAAGUAAUUGUGUUAAUAUUUAACAAAACAAAGUAUGACUGAACGUGAUUUUAAUAAUUUUAAUUUCCCGUCGUUAAAAAAGGGGAGCAAUUCUGUAUAAAUAUUAUUCGUAAUUAUAAUUAUUUUCUUAUAAUCGAUUUUAGUUUUUUAUCGCAAUUUUAAGUUUAUAAUAAUAUGGAAUUAAUACUUUAAAUAAUUUUACCUGCCAAAUUGUUAUAACGAGCAAAUAGAGUAUUUGUUAAGUAAAGAAGCUCAAGCAUUUAGGAUAAUGAGCCCCGCACCCUUCGCGCGGACCCUUGUACAUAUAUAUACUUACUUGUGUGUAAAGCAUAAUUUUAACGAUUCUCUCGUCACAUAGUUUUAAAGAUUUUAAUUUAUGUGAUCGCCAAAUAUUUUUAAAAGCUGUACAGAGGUAACGGCGGAGGAGCCCGCGCUCGCCCGCUCCCUCACAAAGUGAGUUAUAAUUUAAAGUAACAAUUUUUAGAUUAAAUUUAAUGUUAGUCCUUUACUGUACUAUAUCGCUCAAUCAUUUGACCGAUCGACUGAUUAAAAUUUUAGUGAUAAGCUAAGUAAUGUAAUCGCGGAGGUGGCGGCGCGUGGCCGUCUCGCGCCGCCGCGACCGUCGCGACGACCGGCGCCGCCGCGACGCGACUGUCUGGCGACGUCGCGACGGUCGCGCGCGAGACGUGACCGCGCCCGAGCGCACGCGUUUGUUAUUAAUGUUUUAAUAGAGAAAUUGUUGACGAUUACAUUGAAUGCAUAAUUUGAUCGUAUAGUAUAGGGUUAUUUAAGAUCGCACCGUAAGUGAAGUAUAAUUUAUCUAUGAGUAAUGUGAGACGUAACGAUUAUAAGCGACGCGGUCCGGCGAAAGGUGCGGGGUACCAAAUUUAAUGCUAAAACAUAGAGGAAAAAACGCCUUACAUUGUGAUGUUCAUAGUUAACGCGCAUAUUGGUACAUUUCUUAUAGCUCUAUAAUUAUUAUUACACACGACUGAAACACAUCAUUAUGUAGGAAGUUGAAACUCGUACCUUAAAACAAUAUAUUAUUAAAAAUAUUAUUAUUAAUAAUAAUGACUAAAUAACGUCGGUGCCUAUACGCCCACUACUAGGUUACGUGCAGUAGUGCCCGUUUCUUACCGCUCCUUACUCUUAACCCAAACGUUCCUAUGUAAGUUAGGUUUAAUUUGUCUCGAUUCAUUCCUAAGUACUGUCGCUGUAAGUUCGAUGUGGCAUUUGUCUCGUCAUCACUAACCCUCCGUCGUUUCCACACUUCGGUUCACUUACACUCAUUUCUUACCGUAGGUUAAUGUACAACCACCGAUGAAGUGACUACGAUGUUCACGUCAGUUAAUAUUAGGAAACGAUGCCUUACAAAAGUUAAGUGAAUAUAGAGAUGAUUUAUAUUAUGUUAUUUUCAGUGAUAUUAAAUUAGCACUAAGGUGUUUAGCGGGCCCGGGUCCCGACUCACAAACCUUCGGAACAAUUUGUAAGAAGUUAGUUUGUAAUUAACCAUCGCGGCAAUUUUCUAAGUAACAUAAAGAGUAUAAUUUAUUUAAAUAAAAGUAUAAUAUGUAUUAGAAAUUUUAGAUUUACUCAACAUUAAACUUAGUGCAAAUUAUUGUGAGAAAUCAAUUGAGACUAUUUAUAUGGGUUUUUAAUUAUUAUUAUAUAGGAGAAGCAUAAAAUAUUGGAUGAAUUUAUUAAUUAAAAAUAGUUAGCAAAAUACAAUACGGUAAGACUCGUUAGAGGCUCGUCUGUCAAAUGCUAAACGCGCGCGGCGCGGCGACUCGUCGGCGCUCGCUCGGGCGGCGCUCGGCUCGCGAACACCCGCGAGCCGAACUCGUGCAACUUUGCAUUUCUAUAUUACACUGAGUAAUAUCGACAUAAGAUAUUAUAUACUGUAUCUUAAUUAUAUUAUAAUGUUUAUGGAAUAAUAAUAUUUUAAUCAUGGCUUAACUGUAGAACUGUUGUUAGUUAACCUUUCGACUCUUGUUUGUAUUACUUUAUAAUAGUGUACGCGUUUUUAUAUGUGUAUGUUUAUUCAAGUAGUACCAUGUUUGUGUAAAAGUGUAUUUUGGUAUAACAUUAUGAUAUCGCGCGCGCGGUCUGUGUAGUGCCGCCGCGCUCGCAUAAAUAAACUUAUGAUCGUAAUUGACUAAUUAUAUUAUAUGAGACCCCUAGUGUUAACGUUAGAUUAGCAAAAAUCUUUUUAAGUUCAUUUUCUACUCUUUUAAAAUUGCAUUUAGUCAAGGCAUCGGCGGCAAGCAGUCGAUCUUUACUAUAGUCGGUUCUAAAGUUAAUUUAAAACAAUGCAGGUAUUAUUAAUAUAAAAAUCCUCGUAUUUAUACUAGAUUAUUAUAUAAUAUAAAUGUAAUUAUUGAACACAUUUUAUCGUAAAAUAAAUUGCACGGGCUUUACAGUUAAUUAUAACAUUAAUUAUUAUAAAACUUAGGGCAAGUUGUUAUUUAUUUCUGUUUUAAUUAAAAAAAUUAAUGUUGAUUAUUUUUUAACUAUAUUUUUUUCAUUAUAGUGGAUAAAGUACAUAAUUAUUGAUCGAUUAGAUUACAAAAAAUAUUAGGUGAACUUAUCGACUGAUGUACAAUAUUUAAAGUAAUUAAUUACUUACGGCAAUAUAUAAGUUUUACUUUACGCGGCCCCCUGCGGGCGCUGUAUUUAUAUACUGUAUUAAUUUCGUAUAAAAUGUAAUUAAUUGGAAGCGGCGACCGCGACCGAGCCACAUAAGCAUGUUACUGUAAGACUAUUAUCUAGAUUUGUUGUAAUGUAAAUGUUAGCCCUAAGCGGCGGCGCGCCCGGGCGCGACGCGCGACGCCCGCGCGCCGCGCUCGCGCUCGCACGCCCGCAACUAUUAUAUAAAAAGGAAAAUUAUGAUAGACUUGCGUACACGUGCGUCCUUGUUGUUUCUUAUUUUUUUUUUACGAUUACCUAAUGAUAAUUAGUUAAUUACGGUUUUAAUUAAUAAUAAUUUUAACCGAUACACUAAAAUAUUAAGACGAGAAGCUUGUAUGCGGUAAAGAAUUCGAUGUAAUUAUUCGAAGUGCUAUCACAGAAAUGAAAUAACACUUAAGAUUUUUCGAAGUAGAAAUUAUGCAUUAUUCAUUAUUAGGUAUUUUGGGUAAAUAUUAGAAUUAGCUCUAACUGGUAAUAUAAGUAUGUAGUUUGUAAUGUAAUGGAAAAUAAACAGUUUGUCGUAGUUUUACUAUUAUUAAGCUUCUUCUAUCUUAAUGGUUUAAGUAAUACUACUGGUUGAUUAAUUAAAAAAAUAUUAAUAUUACCACUGCAAAUAUUUGAGAUAAUAUCUUAUGAUGAAAUAUAUAUCUACUUUUAAGAACAUUAUAAAACGUAGAUAAUUAAAAGAAAUCAAAAAUUUCAAAAUAAA